CGGCUAUACUUUUAGAAUAAUGAGAUGAGCGCAGAAACAGAAAGUGACUUUUAUCAGUCGGAGGAUGACCUGGAUGACGAUGAAGCCACUCAGUAUAUAAUUGAACAAAGUCUGAUUCAGUAUAGAAAACUCAAAGGACUCAAUCCAAGUGAUUUAAAACCCAGCAGAGACCCUGAUGAGAUUUUCAAAGCCAUCAGAGAGGGUGACGAGGUUGCACUCGGCAGACUAACGCUGCAACUGGAGACUCUGUCCAGAGUUGAUGAGCGAGGAUGGAUCCCCCUGCACGAGGCUGCGGUAAAAGAUAACAAAAGUAUUCUGGAGAUGAUCUUUUCAGCAUCACCCCCAGGUUCAGCUCAGUGUCGCACACUGAAGGGUGAGACGCCUCUCUUUCUAGCUGUAGUUCAUGGAUUUCGAGAGAAUGCCACGUUCAUGUUACAGAACAGUUGUAACCCAGACACCCAGAACGACGAGCAGGAUUCUCCAUUGGUAGCAGCUAUUCUGAAUGACCAGUAUGACCUGGCCACACUUUUGCUACGCUACAAUGCUACAGUCGACCAAACUGGACCACUGAACAGGACGUGUCUGCAUGAGUCUGCCUUUUUAGGUUUGGAGAACUUCGUACAUCUGCUGUUAGAGUCGGGCGCCAACCCAAACGCACUUGAUGUCAAAAAGAAAACUCCCCUGGCUUUGGCUGCGCAGAACGGACAUCUGAAUGUGGUAGAGGUUCUGUUACAAAAAGGAGCCCGUGUGCGGUCUGAAUCAGAGUCCAGUACUGUUUUAUUUGAUGCAGCUGCAUCAGGACACCCUGAUAUUAUCUCCUUGUUGCUGGACCACGGAGCAGAUCCAACCCUCCCUCUUUACAGUGGCCACCUUCCAAUUCACCGUGUGGCAUACCACGGACACAGACUGGCACUGGAAGUCCUCAUCCCAGUGACCACUAUGCAGGCUGUCAAGGAAAGUGGGAUGAGCCCUCUCCAUUCUGCAGCUGCUGGGGGGCAUGCUCAAUGUGUGGAGGUUCUGCUCAAAGCCGGCUAUGAUCCAAACUUCAUGCUGCACCCGAGGGUGCGGCGAGGUUACGAUGACGACCGCAGGUCUGCCCUCUUCUUUGCCGUUUCCAACAAUGACCUGCACUGCGCCCGCUUGCUGUUGGAGGCUGGAGCACUGGUGAACCAGGAUCCUAUCAACUGUCUACAGGUGGCGCUCAGGCAGGGCAACUACGAACUUAUCAACACCCUGCUGAGAUUCGGCGCAAACGUCAACUACUACUCCCGUGUCAACACCACCCACUUCCCCUCAGCGCUACAGUACGCCUUGAAAGACGAGGUCAUGCUGCGGAUGAUUCUGAACCACGGUUAUGAUGUUAAACGUUGCUUCGACUGUCCGUUUGGUGACAGUUCUCAUGACUGCGCUCCAUGGACAUCCUCAGUCAUCAAAGACAUGGUGUUCUGUGAGGUGAUAACAGUGUCAUGGCUGAAGCACUUAUGUGCUCAGGUGGUGCGCAUCAUGCUCGACUACACCGACCAUGUCUCCUUCUGUCCUAAACUUAAAGAGGCCUUACAGGAGCAGAAACAAUGGUCAGAAAUCUGUCAUAUUCAAAGAAACUCACGAAGCCUAAAGCACUUGUGUCGGCUGCGGAUAAGGGAACAUCUCAGUCAUCUGCGCUUGAGAGCUCCAGUUUUCAUCAACUACCUUCCACUUCCUCCCAGGUUGAAAGACUACCUGCGCUUCAAGGAGUUCGAUGUUUACAGCAGGGGGAGCAUGGUGAACCUCUGA